AUGGAAGGAUACGCCAGAGUCGCGCAUUUGAUGAGCCAGGAUGAGUUCGCCAUCCUGCGGCGGUUCAAGAGGCUGAACAUGCAGAACCUGCUGUAUCUGCAAGCAGAAAUAACGCAUCUGGAAUGUGAAUUGAGUGAUUUGGUCGACAGAGACUUGCGCAAUGUGGAAAGAGAGUAUUAUACCAAAGACUGGUGGUCGCUGAGUCAAAGUGAUGAAGAAGAGGACUUGGAACAAUGGGAAAAGUUCCAAGAGCUUAGGGUCAAGUUGGAAGCAUACAACGAAUCUCUGCUGAAGCAAAGCUAUCUCGUGAAGCUCUCUAAGCCGAGGAGAUACGAUCUCGACUUUCUUCGAAGCUGGUUUGAAAGGCCGGGAAUGGGCAAUUUCCCUCUUCUGGGUAUUGAUAAGGCAUCUUGGGAGGCUCAAUAUGAGGAUGAUCUGGUGGCAUUGAAACCUCGAGCUACAUCUGAUCCAUUCUCUAGAUGGUUCUGCGAGAGGAUUGUGCCAAGCUUUCACCACGUACUGGGCGAGAAGUUCAAAGAACCAGUGCGCGAGGCAAUUGGCACCGGCAUAUACAAUUAUGCUGAAUCGAGUCUCAUAUCGACUGUUCAAAUCCUGACAACCGUCGUCGCAUCGCUGUUGCCGCUUUGUUCGGUCGUUACGCUAUACAUCACAGAAUCCAACAACAUGCGGCUCGGAAUGAUUGUGGUCUUCUCAGCGUGCUUCAGCCUUGCCUUGGCUACCAUGACCAAUGCGAGGACUGUUGAGGUCUUCGCCGCCACGGCAGCGUUCGCAGCCGUCAAUGUCGUUUUCCUAACGAACAACCCGCCAUGUGGUACUGAGUUAUGAACUGGGUAUAUAGGAAGGACCGACUGCAGAGAGACGGAGGCAAGCAGUUGGCAACGACGCGGAUAUAUGACCAACGGUCGGAAAUAAUGCUUCACUCAAGUUAUAGUUGGUCUUCUGUCAGACCGAAUAGGAACCGUACAAGCAGAGUUCACACCAUUGCUAAACCUAAGCAACUUUGCGGAUACCGUACCUCAAGGUUAUAGCGGAACUUAAUUCGUCACGUCAUCAGAGGGACCAUUAGAGGACCAUCCAAGAGGACGCGAGGACUCAUGCUUGCAUGCGGUAG